UUUACACAUCAACAAGUUCUUAAAGUGUCAUUUAAACGAAAGAUUAUUUAGACCAUAAUAAAUUUAAAAUACUAAAUAUAUUCUCGCGUAAAAUUAUGUACGUUUAUUAAACACUGUGGAUUAAAACUUAAAACUCAUCUUUACAAAAGUGAGACCAAAAAUUCACAAGUAAUUUUGAAAUGAAUUUGUUAACAUUAAUCUGUGGGUAGUGGUCGUGUGGGUUCAUAAAGAUUGUUUUACUUGCAGAAUGAUCUUAGUCAAUGAAAUAUUCCAGCAUUAAUAUGGCAUCAAAAAAAGACAUAUAUCACUUGUGGGUACAAUAUACAACUAAGAACGAGGAGGUCUACUUCCGCAAGUUUGUGGAAGGCUUCGUAUCGAUAUGGGAGUCCCAGCUGGAGCUGGACUGGACGCAACCGCCCGAUUGGUCGACGGUGAAGCACGACUCGGGACCGCACCUGUCGAGGCUGCCCGAGGAACUCCUGCCUGCCAUCAGCAAGUUCGUGUACAUUGCCAAGGAGCGUGCAGAGAAAGGGAAGCUCACCGACCAGUCGCUCGAAGAAAUAGCGAUGCUAUUGCGGUGCUUGGUCGUGAUCUGCCGUAACUUUGACAACAUUCCUUUCAUUGCAUCCUGUGAUUACGUCGGCAGUGUAGUCACCAUCUGUGCGACUCUCAUUCAGCAGCAGCUGGUGGACGAGGAGGAGGAGGAAGGGGUGGCCGGCCAAGUGCUCCGGCAGUUCUGCCGUCUCCUGGAGUGCCUGUACGACCCCUACUUCACCUGGCGGCACCUGCUGCUGGGCCGGCCCGCCGACGCCGCCCGCCUGCCUCUGCAGCCGGCGCUGCUGCACGUGGAGGUCGUCCCGUUCGUGUACGAGUGUUUCCAGACGGCACUCCUAGAGAAGCGUCCCCAGCUCAGCACGGAACUGUUGCACGUUUUGGGAGCCGUGAUCUCGGGAGCGCAGAGUAUGAUAUUAAGGUUCGUAAGUGGUCGAAGGAAAAGUGUAGAUAACACUACGCAUUGUUUGAAUGAGGGGCACAACGCCCUGCGGGCCAUCUGCCCCGCGACGGUGAACAUAGUGAUGGGCGUGAUCUCGCACCCGGGCGCCGCCGACGAGGCGCGGCAGACGGCGGUGCAGUGCUUCGUGGUGAUGGCGCGCGUGCUGAGCCGCUGCUCCGCGGACCAGCGGCAGAUAGAGGUGGGCACCAUCCUGCAGUUCUACCAGGACUCGCUGGUGGAGGCGGUCUCGGGGGAGUGGCGGGAAGGCUCCGCCCAGGCGGUGGCCGGUGUGGUGGGCGCCCUGGGGCUGCUCCUGGCCGAGGGCUCGGCCGGCUGCCAGGACAUCCGCGACGCCAUGGUGGACGGCCAGCUGCUCGAUACCGUCGUCACCGUGGUGGAGCAGAGCUCGAGGUGUUCAUCGGAGAGACAGAUGCUUGCCACUACAUGUGUCAAAACCAUUACCUCAAUUUUGAGUGGUUCAUCUAGGGGAAAGGAGAGGAUGGCAAAGACUGAUGCAUACGAGAGACUGUUUGUCGCCCUGAAGACUCUGGGCGCGCCCUCCAGGGACCUGUUGACCGCUGUCCUCAGUUUGGCGACGGAGGACGAUGAAAGCCAUACGUUGCAGAUAGCAGAGGUGUUGCUGCCGCUGUCGCACUGGUUGGUCGACUUGGAGGCGGAGGACCAGGCGUGGCUGGCCGCGUCCCUGUUUCGCCUCUGCACCACCAACCUUCCCAGCAAGGCGCUGGCGUGCCGGAAGGGCAUGGUGCACACGCUGUGCGAGGUGCUGUCGGAGCACUCCCGCUUGUCCCAGAAGACGGCCGCAGAGCUGGUGAAACUGCUGGAGGCUCUCGUCUCGCAUUCCGUCUCCCCGUUCGAGCUGAAGCAAAUUUUCCUUUUGCUGCGGGAGGACGGGAAAGAAACGUUUCCAUACAGAGUCCAGCUGGUUCGUGCUAUUUCCACAGUCGCAAGGAAAGAAGAUUGUUUCGAAUGUAGUUGCUAUUUUGAUAUCCAGAAGAAUACAGACGGCAUCAGCGUGCCGGGCAUCAGGAAGUGGCCCGGGGCCGGCUACGGCUUCAGCUUCCACUGCUGGGUACGUCUGGACAGCCUGGCCACGCCCACCUCCUCCAGUCCCACCAACUACAGGCGGCAGCUGUUCAACCUUCUGACGAACGGCGGCACGGGACUGCAGGCGUUCCUGAAGGCGGACGGCACGCUCGUGGUGGGCAUGAACACGCGCAAGGAGUUCCUCGCGGCCUCCGUGCCGGACUACCCGCUGCUGGACGGCCAGUGGCACUGCGUCAGCGUGUGUCACAUCGCCGCCAGGAGGCCGUUUGGUCAAAACCAGAUAAUCAUUUACAUCGAUGGAGUGCAGCGAAUGGGAGCCAGCAUCAAGUCACCUUCUAUGACUGACCCGUUCACGUUUUGCUCUGUGGGGUCUGCGCUGCCUCGGACGUUCAACGGCUCCAACGUGUCUGCCAGCGACGGCAGGAAGCUGAGCAGUGGCGAGCGGGGCUUGUUCCCGGGGGUGGUCAUGGACCGAGGGCUUCUCCCCAGCUUCAUCAACCAGGUGCCGAACUACUUCACUCUGCCGCUGCGCUCGUCCGUGCCGCUGGACCCCAGCAUCAAGAGCUUCCCGGCCGGGAUGCAGGACACGGUGUGGGGCACGCCGACCAGCCUGCGCGGCCAGGUGGCCCUGGUGUGUCUCUUCCAUGAGGCGCUCACCAGCCAGCAGGCCAAGAUCCUCUACGAGGGCGGUCCUAACUGCGAGCUGCUGUUCUCCGCGGAGGAGCACGCGGAGUACGCGGAGCUGAACAGCAAGCUGGUGUUCUGCUUCUCGCCGCUGGCCUUCUGGGACACCACCUGCAUCGACCUGGCCCCGGGGAACAAGUACGACGGCUGCGUGGUUGCUUCCCACUGCCACACCACCACCAUCAAGAAAGCGAUAAAUGGAAUCGGAGGCGUUCAUGUGCUGUUCCCAAUUUUGGAAAACGCUUCAAAGACUGAAGACACGGUGGACCUAAGCUUUGUGUCCCCAGCGAUAGAGAACGAAUGCAAGCUUCUGGAAGGUCGCGAAGGCUCCGUAGACUCUGAUGAGUGGGAGAUACUCCCAUCUAGCUCGUAUUCAGACUGGAAGCUGGAGCAGAAUCCGGUGUCUGGCUUCCUCAGCCUGCUGAAGAACAUCGUAGCGGGCAGCUCCGUCAACCAGGAGCAGCUGAUGAAGAGGAAAGGACUGGCGAUAAUCGGAGUUCUUCUGUCCAGGGCCAAGCCACACCUGAUAGACGUGAACGUGCUGAUGGCAGCACAGCUGCUCGUGGAGAUGAGCCGAGACGCCGCUACGCCCAACCCGGCGCUGCUGCGCUCCUUGUACCAGCACGUCCUCUUCAACUUCAGCAUCUGGGCACGCAGCCAGUUCCACAUCAUCAUCGGACACGUGCAGUACAUUUCGACUGUGAUCAGGGAUGACCGGAAGUUCUUCCGCAAGCGGUACGGGGUUCAGUUCCUGCUGGACGUCAUCCGGCAGCACUACGCCGGCUCGGAGGUGCUCACGCCGGAGGACACCGCGACGAUACGCGUCUCGCUGCUGGCCCUCGUCAGGUACUACCUGCAGAAGGAGCUCAGCGUCAAGGACGUGUCCGCUGUCCUCAGCUUCCUGAGCUGCGUCAAGAAGGAGGUCCUGUUGGCAGAAGUGCUGGACAUGCUGACCGCCCUGAUGGAGGGCAAGAGCUGCAGCGACCAGCUGUUCCUCCUCAUGUACGAGCCCCACUCGGCCGAGAGCGUCUACUGCCUUCUGCUGGAGAAGAGCCUUUCCAUGGAGCUCAAGCAGAAAGUCCUCAAGUUCCUGAGCGUUCUGCUGCGAUCGGAGCGAGUGUACGACCGCUACAAGGCCCGCCUGCGGCUGCAGGACUCGUCCAUGCUCGGGCCGACGACCGCCGGCAUGUACCCGGGCCUCGUCUCCGCCAUGCUCGACCAGGAGCUCUCCGCCACCUUCGUCGCCUUGCUCAUGGACCAGAUACUCUUGACAGAGACGAGCGGGGGCUAUGCCGGGGCCUUGUCCCUUCUCCACGCGUUGUCCGAGGCUCCGCUGGAACUGAAACUCGAGGCUGUUCGCAAGAUUCUCACCGCCACCUUCAUGAAACCCAAUGCUGCAAACUUGCUGGCUAAACAGGUGGGCUGGCAGGACUGCAUCACGCGCCUGCUGGUCAAGAGGCCCAUCAUGACUGCGUCGGUGUCCCGGUCGGAGUCCCUGCCCGACCUGAUGAGCUUCGACGAGGAGCAGAUGGAGCUGGACGGGUACAGCGACUCCCCGCUCACCGUCUCCCGGCUGUCGUCCCAGGUCACGGACGCCGCCCUCGUCAUCGAGAACGAGAUGAAAGAAGUUGCUGAAACUGUUACAAACGUCACCAGUGCAGUUGCGGACAACAUUCACUAUGCAGCUGAUAACAUCUCAUCUGCAGUGGCGUCUGCGUAUUCCGUGUUCCGGCAGAAAACUGUUGAAAUGCAGGAGAGCCUAGAGGAGCUGGGGGAGUCUGCGGUGUCUCGGCUGAAGAAGCGACGCAGCCUGUUGUCACUGUACGAGGAGCACGAGGAGCCGGCGUCCCCUCUGCCCCCGGCCUCCCUCGCCCUCGACUUGGACUCCCUCAGCAUCGGCAACAGGUCUCAGUCGAGCAGCAGCACAGAGGACCUUUCCUCGCCGAACCAGUUUGAGAGCUUCACGGUGUCGGCGCGGGACAACCUCAGCAUCUCGUCUGCCCAGAGCAUCCCGGCGGGCGGCGCGGAUGAAGGAGACACGGAGGCGUCCAAGCAGCAGGCCAUGAACGAGGAGAAGGUCGUCUUCGAAGCCCUUAAACAGUGGCAGCAGCUGGACGAGGAGAAGAUGCUGGACCAGGAGGAGGAGCUCUGUUAUCUCGUGGUGCACAUCCUCUUCACAGUCAUGUGGAGGGGGGUGGAUGGCGCCAGCAAGGAGUCCUGGAAGGAGCGGGGGCAGGUGAUGGCCUGCAUCAACCUGCUGGCGCUCAACAACGAGCUGCUCUGCUCGCACCUGCUGGUCAAGCUGCGGCUGCUGGAGAUGGCAGUGCAGGCGCAGCUGGCGGACCUGCGCGACCCGGGACAGAGCCUGGCGCUGUCCGUGCACGCCGAGAACACGGCCCAGCUGCUGCGCUGGACCUACGACCUGGCCGUGCUCGACCCCUGCGAGGACAUGCGCAAGAAGGCCUCCGUCAAGCUUCUUGAUGGUGUGCUGGGGUUGCUGGAUGUCCUGAUGGUGUUUCAAGAAGGGCCAGGUGACGAGUGGACGGAAAUGGCGCAGCUGGCUUUUGGCAUCCUGCUGAGCUGCGCGGCCAGCAGCGACCUGGACCUGUGCGCCGUGGCGACGGCCAAGCUGCACGGCCUCGUGCAGACGCGCGUCACGAGGGACCCCCAGGAGGCGGCCUACAUGCUCUACGUCCUGCACGUCAUCCUCCGCAAGACCAUAGACGCGGACAACCAGGAGCACUACUCGUUCCUGAUCCCGGUGGUGAAGGCGCUCCUGGACAAGCUGGGGCCGAGCCUCGGCCUCCGCUCACACCUCCCCGACCUGCCGGCCACGCAGUCGGGCCCCGCCUUCUUCGACGACUUCCAGCGCUACUGCUUGCAGCCCCAGUGGACCUCCUUCAUGGAGAAGAAGGUGAGGCCUCUGCACGACUGCCACCAGGCCGCGCUGUCCGCCCAGCUCACCGAGCUCAUGAACACCUUCUGGGCCGAGUGCUACGAGGCCUCCAAGGUCGCCGUCCACCGCCGCAGCAAGGAGGUGGCCGACAGCAGGCGGCGCUUCGAGAAGCAGGUGGUGCUGCCUUGCGAGGCACGGCAGGUGGAGGAAGCGGCGCGCUACGGCGCCGUGCUGAGCCAGCGGCGCCAGCACGACCUGCAGGCGCGCCGCCGGUGGCGCCACAUCAAGCAGUUCCUCAGCGGGCCGCGCGGAGCGUGGCAGUCAAGGAGCCCGGCGCAGGUGCACUGGAAGCUGUCGCACCACGAGAACUUCUCGCGCAUGCGCCUGAAGCUGGUGCCCACGGCGGCCUUCAACCCACACACCGACGCCAGCAACCUGCGCGACAACUCAGGCUGGCUGAGCCGCAUGCAGUCCGAGGACAUCCCGCUGUCGCUGAACCUCUCGAGCGCCGCCGUGCGGGGGGAGGCGGAGCCCGACAGCCUGGUGGAGGAGGAGCUGCGACUCGUCUCCGAGGCCGAGAACGAGGGAGUGGAGGAGUCGGGCAAGGAGAAGAUGAUCAUCUCGCAAGAGUGCGAGCUGGUGACCUUGAUGUCGGUGGUUAAAGGUCGCUUGGACCUCACCACCAGCCACGUGCACUUCUGCGACCUCAGCCCCGUGAAGGACGACGUGGAGAGGCAGGACUUCAAGUGGGCCUUGACGUGUCUGAGGGAAGUUCACUUGAGACGGUACAACCUGAGAAGAAGUGCACUCGAGUUCUUCCUCAUCGACCAGACAAACUACUUCCUUAACUUCUCAACAAAGACCAGGAACAAGGUGUUCACCCGCAUCCUGAGCCUGCGGCCCCCCAGCCUGGUGCAGUACAGCAGCCGCUCCCCGGCCGACCUGCUCCGCUCGUCCGGGCUCACCCAGAAGUGGGUCAACCGGGAGCUGUCCAACUUCGACUACCUCAUGCAGCUGAACACGCUGGCCGGGCGGACGUACAACGACCUGUCGCAGUACCCCGUCUUCCCCUGGGUGCUGGCGGACUACACCUCCCAGCACCUGGACCUGGACGACCCGGGCUCCUUCCGCGACCUCUCCCGGCCCAUCGGCGUAGUCAACCCCAAGAACGUGGCCGAGGUCAAGGCCAAGUACGACAGCUUCGAGGACCCUUCAGGGACGGUGGCCAAGUUCCACUACGGCACGCACUACUCCAACUCCGCGGGCGUGCUGCACUACUUGGUGCGCGUCGAGCCCUUCACCUCGCUGCACGUCGAGCUGCAGAGCGGCAGGUUCGACGUGGCGGACCGGCAGUUCCACUCGAUACCACAGACGUGGAAGCUGCUAAUGGACAACCCCAACGACGUGAAGGAGCUGAUCCCGGAGUUCUUCUACUUCCCAGAGUUCCUCAAGAACAUGAACAAGUUCGACCUGGGACUGUUGCAAAGCACCAAAGAGCGGGUGAAUGACGUCAUUCUUCCUAAAUGGGCAAGCAGUCCUGAAGACUUCAUUUACAAGCACAGGAAAGCUUUGGAAAGCGAGUAUGUGUCCGCCCACCUCCACGAGUGGAUAGAUCUCAUAUUCGGCUACAAGCAGAAGGGUCCGAGAGCAGUCGAAGCAUUUAAUGUCUUUUAUUACUGCAGCUACGAGGGGGCAGUGGACCUGGACGCCAUCGCCAACCCGGUGGAGCGGGAGGCGGUCGAGGGCAUGAUCAACAACUUCGGGCAGACGCCCAGCCAGCUGCUGAGGGACCCCCACCCUCACCGCCUGGCGCUGGGCGAGUUCGUGGCCCGGGUGCUGCGUCUGGAGCUCAAGAAGGGGGACUUCAGCCUCUUCCUGGACCACCUGCGGCCGGUGUCCGUCGAGGUGUCGACAGACAAGGACCCCCUGGUGUUCCUGAGCGUGCCCCGCUCGCCACCGCGCGGCUUCCUGCAGACGGGCAUGGCGGACACCGUGGUCAGCGUGUCGAGGGGCGGCUCAGUGGGCGCGCACGCGUGGCAGCCCUUCGACCGCCACUCCAACAAGGGCUUCAGCCUUGAGGUCGACUCCUCCCUCGGCAACGCCAAGACCAGGAAGCGCCUGAGCGGGCCGUUCCACCCGAGCCUGCCGCUCGGCAGCCAGCUGUUCGUGGUGUCCCACGACGCGCGCUUCCUGUUCAGCGGCGGCCACUGGGACAGCAGCCUGCGCGUCUACAGCCUGGUCAAGAACAAGACCGUCGCUUCCGUCCGACACCACUUCGACCUGGUGACGUGCGUGGCGCUGGACCGGUGCGGCCUGCACCUGGCGACGGGCUCGCGCGACACCACGUGCGUGGUGUGGGACGUGGCCGGCGGCGCGACUUCCCCCCGCCCCCUGCACACCCUGCACGGACACGACCGGCCCGUCAGCUGCGUCGCAGUCGCCACGGAGCUGGACAUGGUGGUCUCCGGCUCCCAGGACGGGACGGUGAACGUCCACACGAUCCAGGAGGGGCAGUACCUCCGGACUGUGGAGCCGGUCGGCUGCCAAGGCCUCCGCGCCGAGAUCACAUUCCUGGCCCUCUCAUCCCAAGGCCACGUGGCGUUCGCCGCUGCCAGCCACGUGACCCACUCGCUGCACGUGUUCUCCGUGAACGGGGAGAGCCUGGGCUCCAAGCUGGUGUCGGGGCAGGUGACUGGCCUGGCGGUGGCCGGCGACCACCUGGUGGUGGUGGACGACGCGGGGGACCUCACCGUCAGCAGGCUGCUGGGGCUGCACCCGGUGUACGACCUGCCACUCCAUGUUCCUAUCCAGUCGGUGGUGGUCACCGCCGGCAACACUCACCUCCUCCUCCCGCUCAGGGACGGCAAAGUGGUGGUCCUCACUGUGGUCGGCAGCUAGGGUGCCGCAGAAGCCAAAGUUCACUGAAGAAAAUCAGCUUGUACAGUUUUCUAAAAUAAUGAGUGCAAUGCUAGUUCUGGAACUCAGUCCCAGCCAUCGCGCAGCGAUUGUUUCCUCGAUUCUGUCUAUUAUGAGCCAUAUUGAAUCCAAUAAAUUAACUUGUAAUUGUAAAUCAUCUCGAACCAGUAGAAGAAGAAGAAGGUUGUUAAAUCAUAAGUAUUUAAACUUUGAGAAUUAUUUUGAGCUAUCAUUUUAACCCUAACAUUACAUUUAUUCUAGAAAGUUGCAUCUACUAAUUUAUAAUGGCCUCAUUUAAAUAUCAUAAAUUUUCACAAUUUUGAAAUAGCUGGUUCAUAGGUAACAAUAUGUUUUUGAACCUGAGAACAAAUAAGAUUUUCAAAUAUAAGAAGUAGCUUACAGAAAAGUAGUUGUACCUGAAAAUCAGACAUGUCAGUACAGUAAAAGGUUGAACUGAACAUUUAAUUGAAUUUAGAAAAUGUCUGCUGAUUUGUGAGUCAUGCUGUGCCUCAUAAAAUCCUAGUGAAUUACAACAUACAAACGCUCACGUAACUUAAAGUAGCUGUGCUAUUGUUCAGGUUGUUGGUAAGAUAAGAUCUUUUAAUUUUUUUUGUGUGAAAAUUUUUUUUUUUUUUUCUACUUUGUAUAAAUAAUUGAGCAACAUUUUGAAUUUCAGUCAUUUUUUGCUUUGAAAGAGCACAACAUUUUUUUUUUGUAGUUAAGUUUACCUUUUUAAAGUAUAUAUUCUGUUUUAUAGAUAUGUACAUAUGCUGUAUUUCACAUUUAUUUUGUAAUGUGUAUUUUGUGAAAGCCUUGAACAUUUAAAAAAAAAUUGGAAUUUUGUAUGUUCAGUUACAAAAUGGUGACCUAUAAUUAUUUAAACAGCUUACUUCAAAGUACUGUAUUUAGCCGAAUUCAAGGCACUCAAAUGCAAGAGGAGGCCUACUUUUCAAGCUCUAAGCUUUGGAAAAAUCCUAGUCCAUAAUUUUGGUAAAUACAGUAUUUUCAUGUGUAAUGACUAAUGAUUUAUGGGAUUGUUGAAAAAUAAUAGCAAUUUUUUUUUGUUAAUGAUGGUAUGUUACCACAGUUUUUGUAUGCUUGUCUGGUUUAUGUUUGGUAUUUCAGUAGGUACAUAUUUGUGUCUUGUUAGUGACUGACAAAUUCAAAAGUUAAGGGACACUGAAUUUCAUGUUCAUAUGUGAAUGAGUAAUUGCAUGUUCAUCACGGAGUGAAUAGACUACUAAUUCACUUUGAUAACUAGUCUGUAAAUGCCUCGCUAUUAGAACAUGGUUCAGUGUGCUCUAAACUUUCAAUUCACUUAAAAUUAGUUUUUUGAUUGAUAUGCUAUAAUAUACACAGUGGCAUCUUUAGUGAACAAGGUGCAAAACCCAUGUUGAGUACUCCAACAAAAUUAUCUUAGCUUUUGUGAUUUUAAGUUGGCUCUAUUUUCUGUGUUUGUAUUUUAGUAUUUGUUUUCAUUUUCAUGAUUAUGCUAGUUGGUUUCAGUUUUUGCCAAGACACAAGUAAUAUUAAUGUACACAUUUAAUGUGUAUGUCACAUUUCUUUCUGUUUUGGCAUUACCUGAGAUUUUCUGCAAACAAUUUCCAUUGAAGCAAGAAAGUUAUUGAAAUGUUACUUGAAAUUUUAUAAUAAAGUUCAAGUUAUUAAAACAUCAGACUUCCUGCUAAAAAUAGUAAUACCAAAAUAAUAUUGUGUGUUUUACCAUACACUGUUUUUUCUAGCAUGAUUUGAUUGCUAGAUUAUAUAUCAAGUGUUCACAUUCAUCUUUAUGCUCAAGAAAGAUGUCUGUGUGUACUAAGCAUUAAAGUAAACACAUUUAUGUAAUUUAUUUUAUCAUCAGCUAUGUUUAUUUAAAAAUUUUAGAGCAUUUAAAAGCAUACAUAAUAAUUUUAUUUAUUAGUAACUAUUUUUGUUACAGAGUAAUACUUUUAAUUAUACGUGUAAUUAUGGUGUGCAUGUGUUUAUUUUAAGUUAAAUCUUAUAUACUGUUGUAAUAUAAUCACAUUAGAAAAUGCAUUAUUUUGGUUUUAAAUAAGGGUUUGGUAGAUGUAGGGAGGUUACGAAGCUCAUUUACACUUGAUUUUGCUUGUCUACAAACACUAAAUAUGUAUCCUGCUGAUGUUAAUAGUCUGAAAAACAAUUUUUAAAAACUCAUCUAAGCUCUUAAUGAGCGAUUCUGACGGCGACCCAACCAGUUGUAACUAAUAUUGGCAACCUUUGUUUAUGCCUGAGAUCGUAAAGUAUUACCUUAUGCAUUCAAUAUACCUAACUAUUCUGUGUAUAUAAUUGUACCAUUUUACUAAGAAUUAUACAUCAAAGGUUGUGCUAAUGCAGGAAUGUACUGCGAAGAGUCAAAUACUAUGUGAUGAAAGUUAAUUUGUACUUUGUAUGUUUACAAGACAUGUUUUCAGUUAUGAUGCAUGUCAUUAAUUUGUGUUUUGUUGUGUUAUGUCAUGUCUUAUGUUUAAACCAUUCCAAAACAGUUUGUGUGUAGAAAUAUUCUAAGUGCAUUUUUAGUCGUAUCAAAAAAAUUUUUUUCUGCAUAUGCCAUCUUUGAAGAAAAUAGUGUUUUCUUCUGGAUUAUUAAAAUGUUCUGUUCUUUUGACUGGGCAGCAGUUCUAUUGCAUCGCUGUAAUUAUAGAUAAAACAAUUACUCACUGCGAACACUUGUGUACAACAUGUUGCAUAUCACUAAUUGUUAUGAAAUAAAGAAAAUAUACAUUCUAAUAAUAAAAUUCAAACAUCCUCUUUUUUUCUUACAAAUUUUGAGCUUUUAAUUUUGAUAUCAGUCUUUUAGCGACAAUAUUCUGUCUUCUGAGUAAUGUCUCUACGGUACACAAUAUCUUCUUGACACUGAACUGUGUUAUAUGUAGUUUUAUCACCGGAAGCUCACACCAACAACCUUCGAAAGCUCAGCUACGUGCUGAACACCCACUAGGUCAGUUUAUGGCUGUUGAUUGGUUAAUAUCGGGAGGGAGGUGAAAUGUGGUCUCCACGGGGUCCCUCGGUGAGCAAGUCCGCUGCAGACCACUGAUGUUUAGGUUUGGUCACAGCUCGAAUUUGUGCAAGUGGUGAAUGUAACCAGGGUCCAUACAGUCCAAUUUUUUUUUACAACUUCCAAAAUUAUAGUACAAACAGUUUUGCGAUGUGUGUCACAAAAAUGGACUAACAAACAGGAAGUAAAUAUAUGGCAAGCUAAUACCAGAAUUAUGUCUGUCGAGGGGCUCAUCUAGGUACACUUGUUCUUUUCUACAUGUAAGGCCGUGCACGGGCGUACAGUCUUUUCAUCAUGUUGCGUGUACCUGCGAGACUUCUAGUGGUGACCUUAUGAUUUUAUUUUUAUUAAAUGUGAAACACAGUUCAGGACAUGUCUCCGGUGGUUUCAGUUCCAAAGGUUUUUUAAUACAGCAGCGGCCAAAAGGUCAAUUCUGGCCAUGAAAAAAGGCUUCAAAUAAAUAAUUACUAAUUACCAAACACUUGAAAGUAGAUACACUGCAUAGUCUAAUUUUUUUUUUCCCCUUUCAAUGAGAAAAGGGAUUGCGAACAUGGAUUCAGUAGUAUGUUAUAAAAAAUAUUUUUUCUUCUUUUUUUUUAUAGUUUAAAAGUAAUAUUUUGACGCAAACAAAUACUUGUACAUUGUUUUUUGUACAACUGCAAUAGAUAUAUCACAUUUGUGAAAUUAGUAUGUUUUCUAAUUAUAUAUUGUGGGUUCCUCAGCCUUAUGAACUCAACAUAUGUUCACGGAAGACAUGUUUGAAUAAAGUAUGGCUAGUUAUAUCCAGUCCAUUUGUACAUUUAAAACUUGUACUUUGUGUUUACAUUUUUUUACACAACAGUUAUAACUUUAACCUCAAUGUUGAAAGUUACACAAACACUAAAAGAUGUGCUAUAACUUCACUACACUGACACUUGUUCAUUAUUUCGAAGAUUAUGUGUUUGAAAUUGAAUCAAAUAGCAACAAUAAAUUAUUUCCUUUCAUACUUGAAAUUUUCAAUAUUCGCACAAGCACUAUAAUUAUGGCAAACUGGAAAAAAAAUAUAUAUAUGUUAGCAUGUAUGGAUAACAUCAUAGUAUAAUAAUUUUAAUAAGAAUUGGCAUCACUUUUUAAAAAUUUAUAUUUAUGAACAAUGUUUCAACAAACUUAAAUUUUUAAAAUCUUUGCUGCAGAAAGAAAAAUUGGCAUAAUGUACUGAAUUUUAUCAUGAAAUUAUGAAAUUAUUAAUGGCCUUUUAAAUACACACUUAGUCUAGGAUCUCUGAUACAAUUUGAAGAGACAUGGGUACUAGUGUACUAGGGUUCCUCUAGUGUGGCCAGACUGAGUGUGAUGUAAGCCAGGCUGUAGGCUUAUGAAUAUAAUGUACGAAACAUGUAAUUUUAUGUCCGCACUGCCUGACUUCACUCUACUCACACGUCAGACAACUUUGUAUUUCCGUUGUAAGUGGUAAUGUCCGAAUAAAUGUUAGAUUUAUUCUUUAAAAUACAUUGUUUUAUAAGGUAAAGGUAUCUACACCGGUACACCUCGGCGACGUAGACGAUCAGAUAAAGAUAAUAACGUUUUAAUUGUCUUUAAAAGAAAAUUUACACUUCAGACAACUUCGUAUUUUCGUUAAUUAAAUGGGUAAGUGGUAAUUUCCCAAUAAAUAUUAGAUUUCUACUUUAAAAUACAUCAUUUUAUACGGAAAAGAUACCUACACAAGUGCUCGGCAUCUAAUAGCGGGACCAAAGACAUCAUUGGACAUUUAAACGAGAAGUUUUUUUAUCCCAAUUUUGACGGCCAAAAAUAUAGGUGCAACGAUUACGCGCAUGCAACGAUUAUGCGAUAAAAGAGGGUAUUAUUUAUUCAACCAUAAGGGUUGGUGUAGAGCGUAUGAAGGCGCAAUAGCAUUUUCCUGGAAUUGGAGGAUGGGGAAAGGAGGUUAACACUAAUUUAUUUCUCGUAGGUUGUUCAUCAUUAUACAGCAGCUGUAGUCCUGUUACUAGAAAACAACAUUAAAAGAAGCAGCUUUUGAAAUUUUAUAACAUAUUGGAUGAUUCGAUGCCACCAUAAUCCAUAUUAUAACUAUUCAUUGGAAAUAAAUAAAUAUAUCAUCUGCAAACUGUUUCAAAUUGAUGAGUUCCAAGCGUAACAGACAGACAAUUAUGCUAAGCCUUGGAGGUAGGCAGUGUGUGUGUGUGUAUGUGUGUGACUUGUAAAAAAUAUGUGAAACACAUUAAAAUGAACCAGUAAAUUAUUUUCCUUCAAUAAUAACUACAAGUAGAAGAUAUGUUCCUCAAAAUUAACGAACACAUCAGACACACAGUUUCCUUGUUUCAAGAUGUUUAACAACCACUUUACUGUAAAGGCUACUUGCUACGACUGUAAGACUACUUCUACCUUAAGACAACCUUUAAUGAAAAAUUAUCUCAAAUAUUAUACAAAACUAUAAUUUAAGACCACUACCUUGAAUAUAAUACUACAUUAAACAUAAAAUUGUUUAAUAUAGAACUUAAUGAAACACUUAUUAUGGAUGGUAUAACUAAUUCCAAAAAUAAAAUAAAACUCAGAAAUUUGAAAAUACUAAUCCUGAGAAUUUUGGCUACAAGAAAAUGUUAACUUUCAAUGGCUGUUAACAGACAUCACAAAUUUUUCUUGAAUUAUAAAUAAAAGGUCAAUUCAAAACUAAAGUAAAUCUGUUCAUGCUGGUAUUGAAUAAACCCAAGUUAAUAAAACAGCAUUAUUUGCUUAUUUAAAUGUUAGAAUUUUUUUUUUUAAUACUUAAGAAUAUCAGCAUACUAAAAAAAAAAUAUGUAUCUCAAUUUUUUUAUCAAUAAAUAAGUGGUACUGUUACUUUCUGUUAUCCUUGUUAUUUUUUUUUCAAAACAAUUAGAUAUGUGUAUGCAUGUAAGUGCUACAAUUUUAAAGUUUUAAGCUGUUCCAUGUAUUAAUACACUUUAUGAGUAGAAAUAACGUAAAUGUAGUACUGUAACUCAACAAUUCUAUUGAAAAUUACUAUCAAAAUGAUCACAUAGCAAACUAAUGUAAUAGCAUAACUUUGUCAUUCAGCAUUAUAAGAGUAAAGUCAAUCAUUCAGCAAUACUGUGGGUAGUGUAAAAUGACAGUUCUGUGAAGGGGCAUGUGACCAUGUCUGGUCGCGCUGUCCGGCGCACUUGCUAAUGAUUCAGUAUUAAUUCAAACGAGUGCCUCUGCUUGACCUCUUGCCGAGGCAUGUUCGCGAGGGACAGACGUGCGGAACUGAUGUAAAUAUCCACGGGCGAAAGGUUUAAAAUAUAGUGAGAAUUUAUACAACAUAUUUUUAUAUAGUGCAUAGGCUAAUUUAUUUAAUGUAUUUAACUGUUGAUGUGGUGUUGUUUAAGUGCUCUGUGAUCAUGUUGUACGUGUCCUUGCUUUAAAAAUAUGGUGAGUUUGUUAAGUAUUCGUAAAUACUGAAGGUGCAAUGUUCAGUGUGUGUUCCUGUUAGUUGCUAAGGCAACCGUUAGGAUGUACCAGUUUUAAGAUAUAAUUCAUGGCAAAGAGCAUUUGUUGAUAAUUCUUACAUAUGUAUUUCAGAUAUGGUGUCAUUAAUACGUAACUGUUCUGUUGGUAAAUUACAGAAGAAAUGAAGUUAGAAAACAUUCUCAUUAAAAUAGUUAUCAAAGUGUAAAUUUACAUAGGUACCUUGCAUGAUGCAGUUUGAAUGUUUGUAAAAAAAGUUUUCAGUAGUUCUGAAUCAUAAUUGUUACCAUUCUAAAUCAAUAACUGAUAGAGGUUGUACGAAAUAAAACAUCCAACCACGAACAAAUGGUGGUUAAGCCAGAGAGAGCAAACCAUAUGGGGAAAAAUAAAAUUGAGAAUGUAUUGUUAUUGUACUAAUAUUUAAUUAUGUGACAGUGAAUGAAAUCAAUGGCAAACUGUAGUGAUCAUAAAACUGUGUGCCACAAAUCUGUAAUAAAAUUUCUGACUUCGUUCUGACCAAAAUUUCCCUGACUUAUUUUUUUUUAAAUAUUUACUGAUUUUGCAAUUUUCAAAAAUAUAGUAAAUAAAUUUAAAUCCAGCAUCCACAUCAAUAAUCAUACUUAAUUUGAAACUUGAACUAUACAACAAAAAAUGUAAAUAAUCGAAAUAGAACCUUGCAUACGCCAUUUCAUUGUGUGUUUAUACAUGCACUAAAACACAAUCUGAAGAAACAAUGCUUUCACAGUCUGAGUUAUGGCAACUGGAUCACAUUUUCCCCUCAAAUUGCUAUCACUGAGGAAUUUCCAUGACUUUUCCAGAACUUGAAGUGAAUUACUUUUACUUUACUUGACCAAAUACAACUUUCCCUGAUUUUAAAAAAUGUUGACUGCAUGAAAAAAUUGGUAAACAUCUCAAAUUUAUCACAAUUUACUGCUUGACCUUAAAAAAGUAUAUUUUUUUUGUAUAAUAUCUAUGAGGGGCUUGAGAUAUUUUUUCAGGGUGUUUACAAUUCACACACACGAACAAGGGUUUGCAAAGUAUUUUCAUGAAAUCUGGAAAAACAAAUUCAAAAUAAAAUAAAACACCAACACACAAAGAUUUGCAUUCAUAAGUACAAUCUGACCACUAUGAUAAAAACUGCAAUCUAAAAGUGACUGUUGUUGCUUGUAUAUAAAUUCAUGUAACAAAACUUUUAUUUUAUUUUUGUUUGCAGAAAAAUCUUUAUAAAUUUCUUUGUUAUUAAGGAACCAAUAUGCAUUUAUUGCACUGGAUUUUGUCCACUUCCAAGUGUUAAGUAGUAAACCCAUGUUUCAUACUGUGUGAUUAUACAUUUUUUGAAUAAGCAAUGUACUAUGCUCCAUUUCGUUCAAGUGAUACGAAGAAUAGCCAAUCACUGAGUAACUAAAUCUGUAAGUUAUGUGAGGUUUAUAUAAAUGAAUAAAUAUAAAUAUAAAUUGGAGGCUUACUUAAUGAGCACCAAUUUGGUACCUUUAUAAAAAUUUUAAUCAUUUUCAAACCAAAUUUCUAGAUUUAUCAAGAAAUUAGAAUACUUUAGGUAUUCAUACAGCAUAUUUUCUAGCACCUAAUGUACUCUUUCAUGCAAUGCGUGCCUCAAUAGUCAUUACUUCAAAACAAAUCUGUAGAGUUUUUGUAAUUAAUCGGUAUAACAAUUUUAUUUUCAACACAUUUUGACAUUCAUCACUUUGUCAAUUGGUUAUUGUUGCAUCACUUAAACAACAAGAAAUCACAUAACCAGUUCCAAGUUUUUUUUUAAGGGUUUGUACAUUCUUAGCCAACGAUACCUUUAUUCUUGUUUAUUCCAGUGGAAUUUGUCGCUGGGGCUAUAUACAUGAUGUGGUGUGUAUUUGGAAAGAAAUAACACGGUUCUUAGUUUGAACGGAGCGUGGCACCAUAUUUUCUUGAGGAGAUAUUUUGCUGCACACUCAUUCGUCCACCUCAAGUGGCCACCUUGGUCAGGGAAAUAGACAAAAUUUUAUUUGGGGAUGGGAAAGGGAAAAAGGGGGGUAGAUCUAGAUGACCUCCCCCCCCCCCCCCCCCCCCCCCCUUGGUUAGCCCUUAAGCUCAAUCAUCUGACUUAAAACCACUUUGGUCUUUCCUACAGCCUCAUCUCGUUCACUUCACGUCAAGUAGAAAAGGCGUUUAGAAUACAAUUUCAAUGUGCACCACAAGUUUGUACAUUCCAGUUCUACGUGGAACGUCUCAAUGCACAUUUCCAACUCUAACAAUAAUAAUAAUUAUAAUUUGUGAGAAUGUUUCUAAUUUUAAAGGUGGUUAGCUCUAUAACUGUUCUCCUCUUUCAAUUUUAUGUACUGUCUUGUCAGAAAAUGUCAUGUGUGAUCAUUCUAUGUGAUGGAUACAUGAAUUCAUGUGAUAAAGCUGUAGGUAUGUUGUAAAAUUUUAAAAUUUGUUAAUAUUUGAAAAAUGUAAUUCAAUACAGAAUUUUAAAAUGUGUUCAAUGUAAAAUAACCAAUAAUUAUAUCAUUAAAAAAAAAUAUUUACAGAAA